AUGAAAUUCACAACCACGAAAUUUGCAAUCACCAUUUUCGUCCUUUUGGCAUACGUUGCUAGCAUAACCCAGGCUAUUGGUAUCAAAAAUGGUGGAGGAUACUUGACUGAGUUCCAAGCGAAACAUGCGAUGCUUAUGGACAACUUGAAAGAUACCAUAAAAGAAUUGGACCAUAGAAUGGAGAAAGAUACUAAAAGUAUCAAAUCAUCUAAGAUCACUUUAGUAAUUGCUUUAACAAAUACUUCCUAA